CGCUGCCGGGCCCCCGCUGCUUACGGUCUACUCGUAGAUACUGAAUCGCGGGCCGGCCCAGAGCGGGGCGCACCCCUUGCCCGCAGGCACCGUGUUCCUCCCAGACCUUGGUCACGAUGCGAGGAGGUCUCGGCCAGGCGGCAGAUGCCCAGGGCGACGUCGGUGUGCGGGUUGUGCCCCCGCUCAUGGCCCCGCGCCGUCCGGGCCGGCGCGACGACACAUCCCCCGCCGCCAUGGCCCGCAUGCUCGCCGCGCCCUCGCGCCCAGGGCGCGCGGUCACCCUGCUCGUCGUCGCGGCCUGCGCCAGGACCUGCGCCCUGGCUUCCCGCGAGCCCCACUCGGCGCUGCCCGACGACGCGCUGCCGGACGACGCGCAGCUGCUGCAGGCGCCAGAGCUGCUGAAGAUGGCCCUGAUGCAGACGUCCUUCGAGGUCACCUUCGGCAGGGACCGCAUGCUCCAGCAGCAGCGCGCCGAGCGCCCGGGCCGCGCGCGCCCCAGGCUGCUGCCGGCAGCACCGGCGCGGCGCGGGGCGGCGCGGACGCCGCGUCGUGGGCCGCGGAGGCGCUCUGGGACGCGUGGGCGCGCUUGCAGGACCUCGCUCGCGCGGCGGGCGGGUACGUGCAGGACUCGCCCGUGCUGGACUGGGGGUGGCGGACGCCGCAGGGGUAGCGCCGCCUGCGGCGGGGGGGCGGCUCGCGCCCCUCUCGCGCGGGGCUCUCUGCGCCGAGGGGCGCCCCCAGCACGCGGGGCCGCUGCAGCGCCGCGGUGGCCGCCGGCGACGGGCCCCCCCGCGGCAGCGCCGCGCUCCGCCGUCGCGCGCGGCUUGGCUGGCGCGGGAGCGAGCAAAAGGUUUGGCGCCCAGCCGUCGUCGAGGAGUUCCGCCUGCUGGCGCCCCCCCUCUGCCGUAGGGUGCCUCGCUAAACGUGGCGGGCAGGGCGCGGAACUCAAA